AUGGGGAGGCCUCCAUGCUGUGAUAAGUUGAACGUGAAGAGAGGCCCUUGGACGGCGGAGGAAGACGCAAAGCUGCUUGCUUACACUUCCACCCACGGGACUGGGAACUGGACCUCCGUUCCAAAGAAAGCAGGACUGAAGAGAUGUGGGAAGAGCUGCAGGCUGAGAUGGACUAAUUAUCUGAGGCCUAAUCUGAAGCACGAGAGUUUCACUCCUCAAGAGGAAGAGCUGAUUAUAACCCUCCAUGCAACCAUAGGAAGCAGGUGGUCUAUAAUAGCUAACCAGCUCCCUGGUCGGACUGACAACGAUGUCAAGAACCAUUGGAAUACCAAGCUCAGCAAAAAGCUCAUCCAGAAGGGCAUUGACCCCAUCACCCACCGCCCCAUCUCGGAGAUCAUCCAAAGCAUCGGUGGCCUCCCGACCGCUGCCACCGCCGGCACUAGCAGAGGCAAAUACCAUUCCCUUCACGGCACCCGAAUCAGCUGCCUCAACCGAGACCUCAAGAAUGUCUUCCUCUCCAAGUCCACAGCAAUCAUCGAUCCAAACUUCCAUGAAAGCAAGCCAUCGACAAGCAGUCCUCUCCCCCAAUUCUAUGAUGUGAACUCAAUGACUGUAGCCACCUGUGCCUCCUCUAGUGAGGCAUCUUCCUUCUCCACGGUGGUGACAACCCAAGUCAAUGCACCAUCUUUGUCGCCGGAGACUAAAUGGAGUGACUUUCUUGUAGAAGAUGCAUUUUUACCUCAUAAUGAUCAGGGUGAUGUAUGUGCUCAGUCUUCAAUGGACGACUCUUCGAACCAGGUGCAGUAUGCUUUCUUGGGUCGAAGCCCAUCAUGGAAGGCUAAAAUGGAUGUUGAGACGCAGCAAAAACUGAUGGUGGGGAGUGGAGUGGCAAACCAGAAUGAUUGGGUUGGUGAAUGGUAUGGUGCAUUGGAUGGGGAGGUAAGCAAUAUUUUGGGAGCUUCUUGUGAUGGGUCGACAUCAUUUGUAGAUGCAAUCUUGGAUCACGAUCGAGAGAUGGUAUUCCAAUUCCCUGAAUUUCUUGAUGAUUCAUAUAAUAUUCUAUAG